CGGGCGCUUCCCUUCCCUUCCCUUCCCUUCCCUUCCCUCCGCGCCCGCCCUCUUCCCGGCGCCCUCCUCCCGCUCCCCGCCGGGCCCUGCUGCCUGCGGCCCGGGCGGCUCCGCCGUUGCGGCCGCGGCUCCGCGCUCCCCCCGCGGGCGCGGCCCGGCUCCCCCCGCCCCAGCCCGGCUGCGUGGGGUGGUGGUGGUGGUUGUUGUUGUUGUUUUUUCUUUUUUUUUCCCCCCUCCUCCCUUCCCCGCUGCUGCUUCCCGGCUCCCCGCGGUUCUGCAUGACUGUCACCAAGAGCCGAGAGGAGGGUGGCUGUCGGGGCGAAUCACCUGCAGCGGAAACAGCGGGCUCCAAAUACAACCAAAUCUUUGGGAAACUUGGGGCCAGAGCCCAGCAAAUGAUGUCGUGGCGCCCGCAGUACCGCAGCUCCAAGUUCCGCAACGUCUACGGCAAAGUGGCGAACCGGGAGCACUGCUUCGACGGCGUGCCCAUCACCAAGAACGUGCACGACAACCACUUCUGCGCCGUCAACGCCCGCUUCCUCGCCAUCGUCACCGAGAGCGCCGGCGGCGGCUCCUUCCUCGUCAUCCCGCUGGAGCAGACCGGUCGGAUUGAGCCCAACUACCCCAAAGUGUGCGGCCACCAGGGCAACGUGCUCGACAUCAAGUGGAACCCCUUCAUCGACAACAUCAUCGCCUCCUGCUCCGAGGACACCUCCGUGCGGAUCUGGGAGAUCCCCGAGGGCGGCCUGAAGCGCAACAUGACGGAGGCGGUGCUGGAGCUGUACGGGCACAGCCGGCGCGUGGGCCUCGUCGAGUGGCACCCCACCACCAACAACAUCCUCUUCAGCGCCGGCUACGACUACAAGGUGCUCAUCUGGAACCUGGACAUCGGGGAGCCGGUGAAGAUGAUCGACUGCCACACGGACGUCAUCCUCUGCAUGUCCUUCAACGCCGACGGCAGCCUCCUGGCCACCACCUGCAAGGACAAGCGGCUGCGCGUGGUGGAGCCGCGCUCGGGCCGGGUGCUGCAGGAGGCCAGCUGCAAGAACCACCGCGUGAACCGCGUGGUCUUCCUGGGGAGCACCAAGCGGCUGCUGACCACGGGCGUCUCGCGCUGGAACACGCGGCAGAUCGCCCUCUGGGACCAGGAAGAUCUGGCCAUGCCCCUCAUAGAGGAGGAGAUCGACGGGCUCUCGGGCCUCCUCUUCCCCUUCUACGACGCCGACACGCACAUGCUGUACCUGGCCGGCAAGGGGGACGGCAACAUCCGCUACUACGAGAUCGGCUCCGAAAAGCCCUACCUGAGCUACCUGAUGGAGUUUCGCUCCCCGGCCCCGCAGAAAGGCCUGGGGGUGAUGCCGAAGCACGGGCUGGACGUGUCGGCCUGCGAGGUCUUCCGCUUCUACAAGCUCGUCACCCUCAAGGGGCUCAUCGAGCCCAUCUCCAUGAUCGUGCCGCGGCGGUCGGAGACGUACCAGGAGGACAUUUACCCCAUGACGCCGGGCACGGAGCCGGCGCUGACGCCGGACGAGUGGCUGAGCGGGAUGAACAGAGAUCCCAUCCUGAUGUCGCUGAAGGAGGGCUACAAGAAGACGUCCAAAAUUGUCUUCAAGGCGCCGGCGCGCGAGAAGAAGAGCGUCGUGGUUAACGGCAUAGACCUGCUGGAGAACGUGCCGCCCCGGACGGAGAACGAGCUGCUGCGCAUGUUCUUCCGGCAGCAGGACGAGAUCCGGCGGCUGAAGGACGAGCUCGCGCAGAAGGACAUACGGAUCCGGCAGCUACAGCUGGAGUUAAAGAACUUACGUAACAGCCCGAAGAAUAAUUAACUUCCCGGGACGUUUUAUAAAUAAACUUUCUUUGUUUAUACUCGCUCUUUAAUUUUAUUGUAUCCACUUACACAGAAUAUGAGCCAGAAGUCAAGUGACCUGCCAAGAGCCACACGCUAACUGGAAAUCUGUCCUCCUAGUCUUGUCUAGCACUAAAAGGCCUCUGCACUCUACCUGGGAGCUGCUGCAUGAAGGGAAGCCGGGGCCGCCUUCGCGCCCCGCGUUUUUCUUGGAGUAAGUAGAAGAGCAUCGCCUCCUCGAACGGCACCGGCCCAGCGAGGGAAAACGCAGCGUGUCCUCGAGCCGGUGAAGAUGGUUUAUCGCUAUUAACUUUUUUCCUAUGCAAACUGUGACGGCAGAUGCCCCUGCGUACGAAACUGGAAGCGGAUUCGCUCGACUAGCGCGUUUCCAGAAAGGGCUUAGAUUUGCGAGCGCUCUCGCCGGGAAAGCAGACGGCAUCGCGGAUCAACCCGGGUUGCGCGUUAGCCCUCCCGCCCGCUCGGGAGCUCCUGGGGCCCCUCACCGCCGCAUCGCGCCGGGCGUCCGCGGCCCGGCACCGCCAGAGCAUCCUGGGGUCUGGUUUUGGGCUGAGACCCGUGGAAGGGGGCUGCUCCGGAGGGGCACGUGUGUGUGCAUGCGCCCGUGCACACGCGUGUGUCGUCCUCUCAUGAAUAAACACAUGAAAAGACCCUAGGUGCGUACGAUCGCGUUGCUGCGAGUUAGGCCUGUCACACGGGGAAAGACACCAAAUACUGCUAUUUGCCUAUAUAUAUCUGCGUGUAUAUUUUCACAUGAAUCAGGCUGUUAGACUGCCGCGCGCUGUCGGUGCAACGGCUUCUCCUCCCCGCCGAUCUGCCCUGGGCCCAGCGCCGGCCGCGCUCCCGUCUUUGCGUUUGAUGUGCUGUCGCCGGCUCUUAUUUAUGCUACCACGGAAUAGUGAUGAAAUAAAAUGUUUUCAGGAUACCA